AUGGUGGAACGUAAGGAAAGCCUAAAAAUACUCAACAAAUUCGCCGGCGAGGACCUGACGGCUACGCUACCGAACGUGCGCACGGUUUUCGCUGGCGAUUCUCAUGAUGGAAAACAGCGUGAAUCCCGAGUAUUCCUGCUCCUCGGUGCCUCCAACACCAAGAAGUCCGAGUUGAUCGAUUUUAUGUGCAACUAUUUCUAUGGUGCUACGCUGGAAUCGGAGGAGCGAUUUCAUAUCGCUAACGAGAAAUUCGGAAACUCCACCCCACCACGCUCCAUCACUACCUACGUUUUUAACAAUGCCGAAACGACGUUCCGACCAAUCGUUAUUGACACCCCAGGUGUGGGCCACAAUCACGAGUGCGAAAAAGAGAUCCACGACCUUUUUACCUCGUGGUUGUCCCACAACGAUCGACACCGCAUUGACGUUGUUGGGGUGGUCCUUUCGGCGCAGACACGAAUGACCAGUGCAGAGGAAAAGGAGUUGAACAAGGUCCUAACCUACAUCCCGCUACACCUCCGAAAAAACAUCGUGCUCCUCGUGGGAGACUCGGAUGGAGCCCCGAUCAACAUCGGUAUCCUGCGUCGUCUCAAUCUCCAUGGGCACCCCGAGUACAAAUUCAACAGCGAAUGCAUGUUUGAGAAGAAGCACGAAGAUUCCCUGAAGGAAUACCUCCGCGAGAACUACUGGCGCAUGAGCGAGAAGAAUUUCGCUGCACUCUUCGAGCAGACUGAACGCUUCGAACCGAAGACCAUCUCCGGACAGCCGCACCAAGAGCCUCGUUUUACCCCGAUUGAGGGAGGACGCAAUCUGAGCGACGUGACAAUGUCCAGCGUCACCACAACGACCACCACGACGAAGAAGGUGCAGAAUGAGGAGACGGCUUCUUCACAUUACUACAGUACCAUCGAGUCGUUACCUCCAGCACCAACAAGGCCUGCGCCGCCACCACCGAUCCCUCAGGUCGUACCCACCUCUCACGGCUAUUCAUCCACCGUCACCAAGACGACGACACUCGAAUUUGGGGCUGGGACGCACGUUGACUCGGCACUGCAUCUGAUGGAUCGAUAUUCACCCCUACCCGGUAAAUACGAGCAGCCACCAAGUGAAUACUCCAGUCGAUACGCCAAUAUUGGUUACGGCACGCUACCUAACCAACGCUACAGCGAGCAAACAAUCCUCUCCGCCGAUCCACAACGUUCUGAUGAUUCGUCAAAUAACGGUGGAACGCUGUCGCCAAUGAAUGAUGGGACUGUGAGAUACGUCUUCGAUGAAAGAUCACGCACUCACGUCCCGCACGUUAUUAGUAAUGGAAGUAGCUCGGAAACGGCGACUGAAAACGACACCGGGGUGUACGCGUACGGUACGCUGCCGGAAAUCAAGGGCACCAGGAUUGGGCAAGGCCUCAUGCCGGUUCGGGAAACUGUCAUCGAUGAUAUUCCGGUUGCUCCACCUCGUCCUCAUCAUGGCACGGUCGAAAUUAUUGGAGGAAACGAUCGUGAAGUGCUCGUUGACGACGCCUUUCAACGUGAUUCCAACUCCAGACUGUCGCAGCACCACCUGAAGGGGGUGAGCCAGCAGCGAACGAGUACGACACAAUCCAGCACCGUCACUUACGCAAAUCACGAACAUCGGGCAGCGCUGGCUAAUGAUGAUCGGCCCCCAGUUGACGGUACCGGAGAGCGGAUAUCCCAAAUGUACUCCCAGAUCCAGAAGCCGCCACCACCCCAAGUGCCGCAGCAUGGAACCCGAGUCGGGUCCGCAAUCCACGAGGCGGCGUACGGAUCGGUGUCUAUGCGAGAGACCAGUGGAAGGACAGUUAGGAGAGCCCCUGAACGUGUCGUCAACUCUGGAGUAGAGCAGGAGAUGGCCACGCGUGAGGAGAUGUUGCGACGGACGGCCCAAGACGUUCAGCGUGACAGCUACCUGGAGCGUAUGGCCCCUUCGGUGCCACGACCGGUGCCAAUGCCCAGAAAUGGGUCCCAUCCCCCGACACCUGACCGGAAUCAGCAGCAACAUUGGACCGGGUCGCAACAGCAAAUCUCAUCCCAGCACCAGCAACAAACUACCGUCACCAGUACGACACGCACCGACCAGCACGGCAGGAAUACGGUCAUGAUCCCGGAGCAGAUCCGAGACAGUGGUUCGCCAGUGACGUAUCGGAUUGGAUUGGGGCAGAAACAGACGACGACCACCACGGAUCAGGUGCAACGAUGGGGCCCCGAAAUCCCGGCCUACCAUGAACGGUAUCCAGACCCCACCCAGAGACCCGGUUACGAACCACCCCCAAGGCAUCUGGCCGAGGAGGAGGAGACGGACGAUUGGAGUGAUGAGGGACAGGAUAGACAUGGGCGGGUUAUCACUGACACGACGGUCACACAAACACGUGUGGAGCACCAGGGCCAUCGACCUAGCCCCAUCCAACCGCCACCCCCAAAUGUCCAGUAUGAUAACGAUCCGAGGAGUCCGAGCGACCGCGUCUACCCGAGCACCCCGAAACACGACCCAUUGAGAAACCCUUUGCUUGAAGGGCAGCACGAUGAUCCGAACACGAGGAGGAGGAAAGAGAUGGAGAAACGGUGUAUUGUAUGCCGGGGUGCAAGAAAUCGCUUCGAGUUCCUACUACUCAACCCACGAGCCACCGUG